CUCACGUGUCCAGUCCAUAAAACGCACUGGACUUCUGGAGUCUCGACGACGCGUCGACGCGGCUUCGUCUACCUCCAGCUCCAGCUAGCUUAGCCUUCCCCGGCCCACGCACCCGAUCGACGUGCGACGCCACACAGGCAACCGUAAGCCUCGAUCGGAGGCUCGGAUCCUCAGCGUUUCUCUUGCAAAUUGCGAUCCCACACGAGACUCUGUUGCGAUCGUCGUCGUCGUCGCCAGAACGAUGCUGCUCAAGUUCCGGGAUUUUGCAAGGUGUUUCAUCGGAUCGAAACGUGCACCGGCAUCAGCCGCGCGGAUAUGCGCCAAUCCGUGCUCGCCAGCGGCGCCAGUGCCGGCGGUGCCGCUGCCGGACAACGACGAUCUCCUCUGCGAGAUCCUCCUGCGCCUGCCACCGCUGCCGUCGUCUCUCCCGCGCGCGUCCCUCGUCUGCAAACGCUGGCGACGCCUCGUCGCGGACCCUUUCUUCCUCCGGCGCUUUCGCCAGCACCACCACCGGACGCCUCCUCCGCUUCUCGGCUACUUCUUCUGCGACCCUCACGGACCCGUCUUCGCCUCGACGCUGGCGCCGCCUGACUGCAUACCACCCGAGCGCUUCUCCCUGCCGCGGCAGCCUGCUGCCGGCGAGCGCCUCUUCUUCCUCGGCUGCCGCCACGGCCUCGCCCUCCUCAUCAACCGGAGACGCCUCGAGGCCGUCGUGUGGGAUCCCGUCACCGGCUGCCAGGCCACCGUGCCCUAUCCACCGGAGUUCACCACUGACAACGGGGCACACUGCUGCCGUGGCACGGUGCUGAGCACCGCCGCCACUGCUGCCACUGCCGAUGGCGUUGGCGAUGAGCACUGCUUGAGACCCUUCAAGGUCAUCUUGAUACGCACAGACGUAAACAAUUGCUGUAUACGUGUGUUCAUGUGCGUCUACGAAUCAAAGACCGGAAAAUGGGGCAACACCAUCUCAACCAUUAUUCCAUCGCCUGUAUGGAACCUGCCAAAUGUCUUGGUUGGCGAUACGCUCUGCGGAUUUCUCCAGUUUCCAAACGGCAUCCUUGAAUACGAUCUGGAGAGGCACAGUCUGGGCGUAAUCCAGACGCCAAAGAGCCUCCAUGCCAUUGACACAUCGCUCUUCCAGGUUGUGAGGACACAGGAUGGAGAGCUAGGGCUUGCAAUCUUGUCGGAGCUGAGCAUGGAAUUGUGGGGGAGGAGGAGGAAGGGCGGCAGCAGCUCAUCAGAUGGUGUUGUCGGAUGGGUUCUUGAGAAAACUAUUCAACUGGACAACCUCCUUUCGCUACCACGUAUGAAUAUGGUGGACAGCAAUUUGUCAGCAACGAUACUGGCGUUCGAUGAGGAUAACAAUGCAAUUCAUCUAUCCACAUCUACCGGCGGUGCCUUCGCAAUCCAGCUUGACUCCAUGCAGUUCACGGAGCUUUUCAACGUCAGUCGGAGUGGUUCCUACCAUUUCUGUCAUCCCUAUGCAGGUUUCUAUACUGCAGGUGUACCUCGUCUUUCAACUGCAUAAGUAACAACAAAAUCCAACUAUUUUUAGUAUAUAUAGUUAUUAUACCAAACAUUUUCACUCACACUGGGUGUCAUAACUCUAUUUAGUGACACUGUCAGCACAUAAAUUGAUUCUGAAGGGAGGCUAA